AGGUGACUGUCCAGGACAGUUUCAGAGACGCAGUCAUCGGCUGCACCACGUCUUGGAGGCGCAGUCCUGUGUGUUGCUUCAUAUACACGAAUACUGACGCGAAUGUGCACGCGUUUUAGAUUCCGCGGGUCGUUCAUGGACCUCGGGAGAUCGAAGGAAUCAAUCGCGAUGGACCAAAACUGAAUCAAGUUGAACUGGAAUUGUCGAACUUCAACCUUCGAGCGUUCGGACUACUGAUGAGUUGGGGGUAAAUGGAAGUGUAUGUUCUGAUAUUACGAAGGUGUCAUUUCCAAGUUUUGUGACGAGCGUGUUGAUGCGAUGAAGAGAUCCCUUUAGAAUCUCGACAGUGCACUCGAAUUUAAUAUAAACAUUGUCUCGGAGACUAUGCAAGUGGAUUAAAUGGACGGACCUAAAAUAUAUAACGUUCCGGUAGAAUUGAAUUAUUGUUUAAAAGAUAGAAGAGUCUCAUAAAGUUUGAUGGAUUUUUCAAAUCCGGAUAUUAAUGCAUUGCUUUAAAAGUAAGGAGAGAGAAAAAGAUCAUUUGCGAAUAAAAAUUCAGUUUAUAUCUGAUCGUAUAUCGAGAAAUAAUAUUUGUAUAAACUUUUAAAUCUUAUCUGAUAAAUAUCGAAGAUAGAUCAAGAUUAUGAAAAAUUUUUUGUUGAUAAUGUGACGGGGUCUAAAAUAAAAGCUAUGCGGAAGAGAAUGAAUGUCCUUUUUCAAAAAUAACAAAAAUUUCUCUAGAACUGAUAAUGAUCUUAAAAUCUUACAAAUAAGACCUUUAUGGUGACUCAUUGUCAGUGCAUAUGGUAUGCCAACGAAUCUUCUUUGAAGACUGAUGUUUUUGUUUUGUUGACUCAGAAAUAAGCUGCGAAUAAUUGUGAAAUAAUUGCUGAUCAUAACUGAUAAAAUACUUCGCAAGUGUUCAUUCCGACAAAGUUUCGAUAUGAAACAAACUAAUUAUUAAAUCGUCGAGUGUUUCCGAAUUCAUCAAUUAAUGUAAAGCCGGCGAAUAUAUUUUUUUACGAAAGAAGAAAUUAAUUAUUUCAUUAGCGAAAGAGUGUAAAGUGACACGGUGUCGUACUCUAUUAAAUUAUAGAAGACUAUAAAUAUCAUAUGUUUAUCCUGCUACGAAGAGAGAGAUUUCCGAGCCAAAUAAAUUCCCAUAGGACGAAAAUGUCAAGCGUUGACUGAAUACAUUCUACGGACGAAAGAGAUGUUGCGGUAGCUCUCGGUGGGAAAGAGGAUGUUCCACGGGGGCGGAAGUAGCGGGUACGGCGCAAGUUCCGAUUACCAGCAGUCCCAGCAGCAACAGCAACAACAGCACGGUCAACAACUCCAGGCGCCGGUCUACGUUCCCUCGUCGAGGCCGGCACUUCCGUCCGCAGCCACGGCGGCGCAAUAUCAUUCCUUCUCCACUUCACCCUCGCCUGCAUGGGAGAAGACGGCGUCCUGGCAGCACGGAGUGGAGACAUACGCGGCGCAUCACGCGCUCGCCGGCCACGCGAGCGGAACCGCGGCGACGAUGGGCCCGCACGCCGGUCCGGGUCAUCCGCACGCGGGUCACCCGCAUGCAGCGCAUCCGCAUUCAACCCUCGCCGCGGCCGCGCCCUUCUACGCGCAGAACGUCGCGAUGAUGUCCUCGUGGCGCGCCUACGACGGCGCCGGCUUCCAGCGCGCCUCGCCUUACGACACCGCAAUGGAUUUUCAAUUCGGCGAGGGUCGCGAAUGCGUGAAUUGCGGGGCGAUAUCGACGCCGCUCUGGCGAAGGGAUGGCACUGGUCAUUAUCUUUGCAACGCAUGCGGACUUUAUCAUAAGAUGAACGGCAUGAACAGGCCGCUCAUCAAGCCUUCAAAACGCCUGAUGUCGGAAUUUCAGACUGCGACGAGGCGACUCGGGCUGUGCUGCACAAACUGCGGCACUCGCACCACCACGUUGUGGAGGCGCAACAACGAGGGCGAGCCGGUGUGUAAUGCCUGCGGCCUGUACUUCAAAUUACACGGGGUCAAUAGGCCGCUGGCCAUGCGAAAGGACGGUAUCCAGACGAGGAAGAGGAAGCCGAAGAAGACCCCGGAGUCGAAUACCAGAUCGUCUACGGGGGACCACGAAACCGCCACUUCGACCACAUCCUCUCCUUCCACAGACUUAAAGAGCAAUCAGCAACAGCAGCAACAACAUCAGAUCGAGGCGUCAAAGUCGUCGGGCUCGUCGACAUCGACCGACAGACCCGUUUACCUUGGUCAUACCUCUCUUCUCGCCACCGGAAGUGUACCUGCUGUGAAAACGGAACCGCGAAGCUGCGACGGCGUCGUCGGCCAGCCGUAUUCAUCUUACUAUCAGCAUCCGCAUCAACUCGCCGCCACGAGCGAGCAUCAGCAGCAGAGCUACUACGCCACCCAGGAGACGCCCUAUCAUCAUCAGCAUCACGUCACCAAUGCGGCGAAAUUACUCGCGUCCUCGUAAUUGUUUAACGAUCGAAGUCCGUUCGCUAGAAUCGCCUCGGCAAAUCAAUUUCGAACGUAUUGAGCGACUGAAAAGAAGAAGACUUUUCCGCAACACGAACUAGCCAAGUAUUCACUGAGAAACUUACGUCACGAAUCACGAAGUUUGUGACAGUGAAUCUAAGAAUUGAAGAUUGAUCUGACUUGAACUAAUCUAUUGGAAGAGAGAAUGACAAAGUUAACUGGAAGGAUUCUUUUACGCAGGACUAGUCAGUCAGUGACGGACGUGCAAGUUGUUUUGAAAUUAGAAAAAUCAGUGAUAGAAUUUUAAACAUUAUGAACGCAGAAGGAUAUUUCUCGAAAAAGUAUACAUAUAUAAGUGUAAAAAUAUAUAUGUUGUAGAAAAAGUAUGUGUAAUUUGCGAUUAGCAUAGCUACAUAUUUUUUUUAAACAACUGUAUAUGUUUUCUUUACAAUUGAUUUUUCUUAUUGUGUUUAUUUUCUAGAAACCCUGUCAUUUUGAGAUUGACUGUCACUUUUAAAAAAUGAGACACAUUGUAUAUAUAUAACUUUUCGAGAGAGUCAUUACAUUAUUAUACAGAAAUCUACGCGGAUGCUUUGAUGUCCGAUGGAACAAUUCGAGGAGAGCUGAAAUAUCAUCGAUGCGCCUCAAAGAUUUCGAUUUUAAGCGUGUCAUUAACAGACGUGUGAUGUCUUAAUCAGAAGGAGAAUUGGAUCUCUAGUCAAUGACAGGGAUUAUAAAAAAAUUAUGCGAGGACAAUACAUUUUAAACUUCACUCUACGCUAAUUUAACCAUAAAAACCCGCUAAUACAAGACGCAGCAGAUUUCCAUAUUUAACUACGCGCUUCUAGCGUUCGUUCGCAAUAUCUGACACAUGUGUAAAUAGCUGAGUAAUAAUAAAAAUAAUAUAAUUAGUGCGGGAGAGUGCUUCCUGAUUUGAAGAAAAAGCGCAAAUACAUACUUGAUAAAAAACGGCGGAUUAUCGGUAAAUGCUCAUGUGCAAUGUGAAUAGAGGAUAUGAAAUUUCUGCAUUUAAAGAAUGAGACAUCGUGUGUUUUUCAUACAUAUAUAGUUCAGUUUUCUACUCACAAUCAGUAUAUCUCGAUUUAUAUUGACGAUUACAGAUGAAGAUGCCGCUUCAUUGUUUAAAUGUCGAAAUAGUAUUUUCAACUUACUUACGCCGAUUAUCCAGCACAGUCUUUUUUUCAUUACACGACAAAUGCGCGCUGCACGCACUCUAUCCAAGAGAAUACUUAAUUGUAAAUAAUUUCCAUGGUAAACUCUAUCGCAAUGUUAGAAAUAGAUCUUUUUUGGUCUCGGCAAUUCUUCACCAUUUUAUAUUUGAUACUAAAGUAAAUCUAAAUCAGAAUAAGUUGUGCUCUUACGUAGCAUCUUUCCAUUUUUGACCAACAUAUAUUUAAAUUAUUUUUUUUUUCAAUAUUCAAAAAAUUAUUAUUUAUCUCAACUAUCGCAUGAUAAACAUUGAAUUUAUAAAGUCAUAAGAAAUAAGCGAAACAUAGGCAAAAUCAAUUUUUCGAGGCACAAUAAUGUUAUGGGACUCAUAAUGAUAAUCCUUGCACAAUUACAAAUAACGAUUCACUUUGAAGAAUAAAAAGGAAGAAGCCUGAUGAGCCAUUCUUAUAAUUUAUUGACUCGUAGCCCGAAGGGCUGCCAACGAUUUCCUCAAGCAUACGUUUAGUUAAUCAAGAAAACGCGAAUCUUUGUGUAUAGUUCCUCUAUAACUUACUUUUGCAAUGCGCAAUAAAUAAUUUUAUUCUACUUAAGACGAGAGAAGCUGCGUUUUUUUCAAACUAGAGCAAGAGAAAAUCCAUUCGAAAUAAACUCACGAAGAGUUAAUGAAAAGUCAUAAAUUAAUCACACAUUGUUGUGUAAUAAUUAUUUCUUUAGUUAUAAUUUUUCCGCAAAUCUCGUCCAUUCCCUGCACUUUAUAUGGACAAAUAAAUUAUUGAAGCAAUAUGACAGUACUAUAAUUAUAUAAUAUGCAAUUGAUGGUGAUAUUUCUUCGAAGGACAAACGAGGACACUCAAUUAUUUGUACGUAUCCAAAAGUUAGAAGAAUAACUUUAAACUACUUUGUACAAUAACGCACGUAAUAUUAUUUGUAAAAUCCGAUGCGUUUCUGACAUACCUUUUUAAUUGUAUUGCUGAUAAAUAAAAGAAAAUAUAAAAUUA